CUAAGCUGAGAGGCAACUGUUCAUUCUCCAAUCCCUUUUGCUUUGGGAUAUAAAAUGGGUAAUGCGGCAACGCCAGGUUUAUCUGCAAGCAGCAGCUCUCCAAAAUGGGUUCGUUUGCACAUGGAAAGAGCAGCAGCACUACUAUCUUCUUGGUUUGUAUUUCCGUUUUCACAGCUCUCGAUCAUCUGUGUACAUUACACAUUCGUGUGGCUGCCAAAAGCAACGUGUACAUCGUUUAUAUGGGCCAAAAACCACAUGAUAAUGAAGAACUGCUGGUAAAGGCCCAUCAUGGAGUUCUUGCCUCUGUCCUUGGGAGCCAAGAAGGAUCUGUAGAUUCCCUGGUAUAUAGCUACAAAUAUGGAUUUUCUGGUUUUGCAGCAAAGCUUACCAUGGCUCAAGCACAAAUGAUCUCAGAGUUGCCUUCAGUGGUUGAAGUCAUACCCAAUCGUCUUCACAAGAUACAAACAACUAGGAGCUGGGACUACCUUCAACUGUCUCCACGAUUUCCAAACUCUCUUCUACGGAAAUCAAGAAUGGGGAGUGGGGCCAUCAUUGGUGUCCUUGAUACAGGAAUCUGGCCCGAGUCUGAAGUUUUCUGUGAUGAGGGUCUGGGGCCUGUGCCCUCUAGGUGGAAGGGUAUAUGCGAGUCAGGAGAGCUCUUCAGUCCAGCCAAGGCUUGUAGCAGAAAGCUAAUUGGAGCCCGAUAUUUCGUCAAGGGGCUGGAAGCUGCAUAUGGACAUCCCUUAAAUAAUAGUAAGUUCCAAGAUUACUGGUCUCCAAGAGAUAGAUCAGGACAUGGCACACAUGUCUCUUCCGUCGCUAGUGGCUUCUUUGUGCCCAAUGUUAGUUACCAUGGGCUAGCUGUUGGAACGGUAAGGGGUGGCGCGCCCCACUCUCGGAUUGCUAUGUAUAAAGUCUGUUGGCAAGUGAAUGGAGGAGUCUGCGCAGACAUAGACAUUCUCAAGGCCAUCGAUCAAGCGAUAUAUGAUGGUGUAGAUGUACUAUCUCUGUCCCUCGGUCCUUCCUUUCCUUCAUACUCUGAUGUUGACAUGCGCAAUGGGAUUGCAAUUGGCGCAUUUCAUGCUGUGGCGAAGGGAAUAGUUGUUGUUGGUGCAGCAGGAAAUUCUGGUCCAGCAGCUUACUCUGUCUCUAAUAUAGAACCAUGGUUAUUGACAGUCGCUGCAAGUUCUGUCGAUCGUUCAUUCUUAGUAGCGAUUACAUUAGGAAACAACUGGACUACCAUGGGACAAGGGAUGUUCAGCGGAAAAUUGACGAAGUUCCACAAUUUAGUGUAUCCUGAGGUCUCUGACCUGGAUGACGAACGUGCUUGCGAAUCUCUAUCCUUGAAUGAUACAUGGGCAGCUGGAAAUGUGGUUCUGUGUUUUGCAUCAGAUGAUUUUAAUGACGACACACACAAUACUUCCUCGUCCGUCAAAAAAGUUGGUGGGUUGGGGCUCAUUGUUGCCAAGAAUCCUACCAAGGCGGUCGAACCGUUCAUAAACAACUUCCCAUGCGUUCAAAUAAGCCUUGAUACUGGAAUGCAGAUACUCAACUAUAUCCGCUCCACCAGAAAUCCCCAAGUCAAGAUUGGUGCUUCAACGACACGUGUUGGUCAGCCAUUGUCCACCACUGUGGCCUACUUCUCAUCUCGAGGACCUAAUUCAGUUGCUCCAGCAAUACUGAAGCCAGAUAUUGCGGCUCCAGGCGUUGCUAUUUUAGCUGCUGUUCCUCCGUCUGACCCAAAGGACAGAAAUUCUUAUGCUUUCAUUUCUGGUACAUCCAUGGCAACUCCUCAUGUAUCAGCCAUUGUUGCCCUUCUCAAAACAUUGCACUCUCAUUGGUCCCCUGCCGCAAUCAAGUCAGCCAUUGUUACAACAGCCUGGAGUUCGGAUCCAUAUGGCGCAGUAAUAUUCGCGGAGGGACAACCAAUGAUGUCUGCCCGUCCUUUCGAUUUUGGAGGUGGAAUAGUGAACCCCAAUAAAGCAGUGGACCCUGGUCUUGUAUACGACAUGGGAAUGGCAGAUUAUAUUCAGUAUUUCUGUGCGAAGGGCUAUAACAACUCCGCCAUCUCGGGGAUUACCAAGAGGUCCAUAUCUUGCCCCAAAAGACGACCAUCUAUUUUGGAUAUAAACGUGCCAUCCAUAACAAUUCCCAGCCUUACUCACCCGGUAAGUCUCACCAGAACUGUCACAAAUGUGGGUGCGAUCAAUUCCUCAUACAAGGCUGCCAUUGAGGCCCCGCCCGGCAUCACCAUAGCCGUAAAGCCUCGUAUACUAAAAUUCAACCACAAGAUGAAGAGCAUCCCCUUCACCGUUACUAUCUCUUCUAAUCACAGAGUAACAACCGGAUACUGUUUUGGAAGCUUGACUUGGCUGGAUGGAGUUCAUUCCGUUAGGAUCCCAGUUUCUGUAAGAACUAACAUUUGACGUUCACUUGAUAAUCAGUAAUCAGUGGCCAGUCAAAUGGACGUGUUUGUACGACCAAUAUCAUGUAGUAUAUGAAUAAAGUAUAAAUGUGGUGACUGA